AUGACUUUGCAAUGCAAAUUUUUUUUUUUCUCCUCCACAGAUGAAAUCAUGCAUCAGGAUAUCAUUCCCCUCUAUGCUGCAGAUAUUCAGGACCAGUUGAAGAAACGAUUUGCUUACCUAUCAGGUGGAAGAGGGGGAGAUGGAUGCCCUGUUAUCACCUUUCCAGACUAUCCAGCUUUCAGUGAGAUCCCCGAGAAAGAGUUCCAGAACGUCCUGACCUACCUGACAAGCAUCCCAAGUUUACGAGAUGCUGGAAUUGGAUUUAUUCUUGUCAUAGAUCGCAGACAGGACAAAUGGACCUCUGUGAAAGCUUCCAUACUGCGAAUAGCAGCAUCUUUCCCAGGAAACCUGCAGCUAGUCCUCGUUCUGCGCCCAACAGGAUUUUUUCAUCGAGCUCUCUCAGACAUUGCUUUCAAAUUCAACAAAGAUGAGUUUAAAAUGAAAGUACCUAUCAUAAUGCUGGGCUCAGUAUCAGAACUGCAAGGUUACAUUGAUAAAACACAAUUAACAGAAGAUCUUGGUGGCACCCUGGAUUACUGCCAUAACAGAUGGCUGUCCCGUCGCACUGCUAUAGAAGGUUUCGCCCAAAAGGUUAAGCAAACAGCUCAGAUUCUUCAGUCCUUUGGGACUGAGCUGGCUGAAACAGAACUACCAAAUGAUGUGCAAUCAACCAGCUCCCUUCUUGCAACACACACAGAAAAGAAGGACAAAAUGAAGGAGGAUAUCAGGUUAGCAGUAGAACAGGGAGAUGAUAUCCUUGGAAGUAUUACAAAACCAGUUACUGAGAAUCCUGAUUACAAACUGAAUCAAGAUCAGCUGGACAAUCAAACAACUGUAGAAAGGCUUCUGGCUCAGUUACAUGAAACGGAGACUGCCUUUGAUGAGUUUUGGAUUAAGCAUCAGCAAAAACUUGAGCAGUGUCUGUGCCUUCGGAAUUUUGAGCAGAAUUUUAGAGAGGUCAAAGCAGCUUUGGAUAUUGUGUCCGAAAGACUGUCUGCUUUCAGAGAUGUGGGAAACAGCUGUUCACAUGUGGAGCAUAUUUUGAAAGAUCUUGCCAACUUUGAAGAAAAAUCAUGUGAAACUAUAGCAAAAGCCAGAAUGCUAGCCUCAGAGGGUGAUGCUUUUAUUCAAAGCAAUCAUUAUGCUGUGGACUCCAUUAUUCCAAAAUGCAGUGAACUUCUUCACCUCUGUGAUGCCUUCACUACUGAGAUAGAGCAGAGGAGGAAUCUUCUUAACAAAUCUCUAGAACUGCAUGGCUUACUAGAAAAGUCCAUGAAGUGGUGCGAUGAAGGAAUUUAUCUGCUGGCUUCACAGCCGGUAGAUAAGUGUCAGUCUCAGGAUGGUGCAGAAUCAGCAUUACAGGAGAUCGAGAAAUUCCUGGACACUGGUGCAGGCAAUAAAAUCAAGGAGCUGAAUAAAAUUUACAGAGAGUAUGCACACAUCCUCAAUGAAGAUCUAAAGGAGCAUGUGCAAAAGGUUUUCCAGAAGCAAGAAAGCAUGGAAGAAAUGUUUCAAAAGAGACAAGUAAGUCUUAAGAAACUGGCAGCUAAGCAGACACGUCCUGUUCAACCAGUUGCGCCAAGACCUGAAGCCUUUGUAAAAUCUCCUUGUACGUCUCCAGGUCUUCAAAGAGAAUACGGAUCCAACUCAGAAAGCAAUGCACUUCGGAGGGUAAACUGCAGAAGAGGAAAGAGUGAAAUGACUGAACUGCAUCAAAGCAGAGGAGGAUCUACAAUGGAUGAUGAAGAAAAUCUAGCUGUGUUACGGCAGCACGUGAUGAAUGAACUUAUUGAGACUGAACGAGCAUAUGUUGAAGAACUUCUCUGCGUUCUUGAGGGGUAUGCUGCAGAGAUGGACAACCCCUUAAUGGCUCAUCUCAUCUCACCAGAACUGCAAAAUAAGAAGGAUAUCUUGUUUGGGAAUAUGGAAGAAAUUUAUCACUUUCACAACAGAAUAUUCUUGAGAGAACUAGAAAACUACGUAGACUACCCAGAACUAGUAGGACGGUGCUUUCUGGAUCAGAUGGAAGAUUUUCAGAUCUAUGAAAAAUACUGUCAAAAUAAACCUCGAUCUGAAAGUUUGUGGAGGCAGUUUUCAGACUCUGUAUUCUUUCAGGAAUGUCAAAGAAAACUCGAUCACAAGCUCAGUUUGGACUCAUACUUGCUGAAACCCGUUCAAAGAAUAACCAAAUACCAAUUAUUGCUGAAGGAAAUGCUGAAGUACAGUAAAAACUGUGAAGGAGCUGAAGAUCUUCAGGAGGCGUUAACUUCUAUACUGGGUAUUCUCAAAGCAGUUAAUGAUUCUAUGCACCAGAUAGCCAUUACAGGCUACGAUGGAAACCUGAAUGAGCUGGGCAAGCUUUUAAUGCAGGGAUCCUUCAAUGUCUGGACUGAUCACAAAAAGGGUCACUCAAAGGUGAAAGAUUUAGCACGCUUCAAGCCAAUGCAGCGACACCUCUUCCUCCACGAGAAAGCAGUGUUGUUCUGUAAAAAGCGAGAAGAAAACGGAGAGGGAUAUGAGAAAGCACCUUCUUACAGCUACAAACACUCCUUAAAUAUGGCAGCAGUUGGAAUAACAGAAAAUGUCAAAGGGGAUGCAAAAAAAUUUGAAAUCUGGUAUAAUGCAAGGGAAGAAGUUUACAUCAUACAGGCACCAACCCCUGAAGUUAAAGCUACUUGGGUAAAUGAAAUAAGAAAAGUGCUGACGAGUCAACUGCAGGCAUGCAGAGAAGCUAGUCAGCACAGGACACUGGAACACACACAGAGUUUACCUCUGCCAGGAUCUUCUUGUACAAGUCCUUCACAGAACCACAUCAGAAACACCAAAAAAAUGGAGGAGAGAAAAGUUGAUCUCACAAGUCUAGAAGGUUAUGGCACCACAGUAGCACCAAAGUACCCCGAGAAAGGCAAAGGUUGGGCUAAAACCUCUCAUUCUCUUGAUGCAUCUGAAGAAAAUGACGGCUGGUCUAGUGCUGAAGAUCCGCUGAAUUCGUCAGAUGCAGAGGAAGAAGGAGGAGGCGAGAUGAAGCUGACUCCUGGUAAAUACACAGUUGUGACUGAUUAUGAGAAAGGAGUUUCUGAAGAAUUUACAGUGAAAAGUGGAGAUGUAGUUCAACUGAUUCGUGAAGGGGAGGAUGGACUUUGGUAUAUAAAGAACCUGAGCACUGGUAGAGAAGGUUGGAUCCCAGCAAACAAUCUGCUGAUGCUCAUAGGCAAUUCAAAAUCAGCUCAAUCUUUAAGCAGCUCUGAAUCAGGCACAGCCUCCAGCACUUUGAGCACAUCGUCAAGUUGCAGUGAUAGCUGCAAUGCCAGCAGCACCAGCUUCUCAGACAUUAAGGGCUAA